GAAACCUCCAAGAAAGCAAAGAAAGAAAAAACCCAGAAAGUUAAAACUAGCAUGAAUAAAUUUGAAAAUGUGCAAGUAACCACCAUGAAUGCUCCCAAAUUCAGUGAAUUACCUAAGAAGCCUCCUCGUACUGGAUUUUUGUUGUUCAGUGCCAAAUUUGAACACAAAAUGAAGGGCAAAUUUUCAGAUGUGAAAGAGAGGAAAGAAAGCUGUAAGGAUUACUGGAAUAAAUUACCUGAAGAACACAAACAGAUUUACAGGAAUCGGUCUAGGGAGUUGCAGGAAGAAUAUAAGAGCAAUUUGUUGGAGUUUGUAGAAAAUCUGGAAGAGGCUGAACGUGUCAUGUACUUGGGGCAUUACCGAAAACAAGUCAGAGCUUACUUCUGUCGUGAUAUCUUUGAGGAGAAAUACCCAAAUAAAGUAUAUCCAGUAUAUAUUUCAAGCCCAAAGAAAAAACUCAAAAGCACUGUAAAUGGUGUGACAAUAAAAGACGAAGCACUAGAUUCGGAUGAAGAUGAGCUGCCAGUUGCCAAGAAUAAAACAAAAGCCAAGAAAGUGGAACAAGAAAUCCAAAAUGCUGAAAGCAGUUCAUCAGAUUCUUCUUCUGAUCAAGAGGAAGAAGAAGAAAGUAAUAAUGAGAUGAAAGAAAAUUGGCAUCAACCCCAGGUGAAAAGACAAGAGACUUCGGACUCAAGUGAAUCCAGCUCAGAUGAAGAAGUUGCCACUAUGCAAAGAAAAACCAUGAAAUCUCCAAAACAGAGGCAACAGCAGAGUAACCAUUCUGAGGUUCGUGCAAGUCCACCAAAGAGACAGACCCCAGCUAAAGGAAACUCUAGAUUAAAUGUUAGAGAGGAAGAUUCAAGUGAAGACAGCAGCUCAGACGAAAGUGACAUUGUAAAACCAAGCUGGAAGACUCCUACACAGAAACCUUCAGUUCAGAGAGAUGAGAGCUCAGAAGAUUUUGAUUCGGAUGAUUAAAAAUGGGAAGAGACAUUGGUGUAGAAAGCAUGGAGUCAGAUGUAGUACACAAGAUGUGAUAAGACAAGUUUAUAAAUGAGCAUUUAGUUGUAACCUUUUUUUUUUUCUUCCUUUUUUCCCUUGUGUUAGAUGAAGAAAAAAUGCUAGAAUGACAAAUGAAAUUACUCCUUAGUUGUAACACUUUUUUUUCUCCAAAGGUCUUUUAUAAAAUCAUCAUUACAAUUUUAUAAUGAAAUUCGCUUUUGAUACAAGUACUUCAGUUAUGUUUGUGAAUGUGAAGGUCUUUGUUAUUUUUGAAAUGAUUAUUAUAAUUUAUUAUUAUUAUUAUUGUUAUCAAUAGUAGUAAGAGUUGGUAUUAGUUUCAUAACUGAGCACAUUUGUUCUUACAGUUAUGUUUUGAAUAAUCUUUUUCAUUGAUUUGUUUAUUUCAAACAGUGUGCAAAAAAUACAACAUUAAUAUGUUACUGUCCUUGUCAUAUAAUGAUGUUUAGUUUGUUUUUAAAUAUUAAGAAAUGAUUGAUUUCCAGUUUCUUGAUAUCUGUUUGUUCAUCUUUAAAGAUUAAAAAUAUUGAUUUCCAUUUUUUAUUUAGUUGUGAGUUUACCUCAGUCCUUUUUAUAUACAUUAUAUUUUAGUGUAUAUGUAUUCAGUGAUUAAAGGCUUUAAAGUCACUGAAAUCCAUUAUUGUCUACAUUGUAAAAAUGCCAUUUUUAUGGACAUUUGUAAGAGAAAUUGUAAGUUUGUUAAGAAAUAAAAAGUUUUUUCUU